AUGGCCAGCACGGCCUUGGCGGCCUCGCUCACCCAGGUCUCGAACUACAACAACAAUGCAACAUCUAAGGCACAGAUGUAUGUGUACAAGCCGGACAAUGUGGUCGAGAAUCCACCUCUAGUUGUCGUGAUCCACUCGUGCCAAUCCUCAGCACAGUCGUACUUCCAAAACAGCGCUAUCCCGUGGCGUUCUGGCUCGGACAAGAAGGGCUACAUCACCGUGUGGCCGUCUUCUCCCAACAGCGGUACUUGCUGGGACGUAUCAUCCAAGCAGUCCUUGACACACUUGGGUGGUGGUGACUCCCAAGCCAUCGCCAACAUGAUCCUGUACGCCAUCUCAGAGUACAAAGUGGACCCCGAACGGGUCUACGUAACAGGCGGCAGCAGCGGCGCCAUGAUGUCCAACGUCCUCGCCGCAACCUACCCAGAGCUUAUCAAAGCCGUAUCUCUGUACAGCGGUGUCGCAGCGGGUUGCUUCGUGAGCGCCUCUGGCGGCGUUGAUCAAUGGAACAACAGCUGCAGUGGCGGACAGUCUCGCGCUACGCCUGAGAAAUGGAAGCAAGUUGUCUUGGACAUGUACCCAGGCUACGAAGGCCCGCGUCCCAAGAUGCAGGUCUGGCACGGAAGUGCUGAUAGCACGCUCGCGCCCCAGAACUACCAGGAAGAGAUUAAGCAGUGGACUGCUGUGUUCAAUGUCAGCCAGGACCCGACAAGUUCUGUGCAGAACGAUCCUAAGCAGGGAUACACGCGCAACAAUUUCGGCGAAUCCGUUCAGGGUAUUUAUGCGCAAGGUGUUGGUCACAGUGUGCCGUCGAAUUUGACCGCUAGUGAGGCGUGGUUCGGCUUGUAG